UAUGUAAGUGAUCUGAUGAAGAAUUUGUUUUCAGAAUUUCUUGAGGUUGGCAAGAAACAACCUGCCCUCGAUGUUCUUUAUGAUGUUAUGAAAAGCAAAAAACAUCGAACAUGGCAAAAAAUCCACGAGCCAAUUAUGCUGAAGUACCUGGAGCUUUGUGUGGACCUCCGCAAGAGUCACUUGGCCAAGGAAGGAUUGUAUCAGUACAAGAACAUUUGCCAACAGGUGAACAUUAAAUCUUUGGAGGAUGUUGUUCGAGCCUACUUAAAACUAGCUGAGGAAAAAACUGAAGCUGCCAAGGAAGAGUCCCAGCAGAUGGUGCUAGAUAUAGAAGAUUUGGAUAAUAUUCAAACUCCAGAGAGUGUUCUCUUAAGUGCUGUAAGUGGAGAAGACACUCAAGAUCGUACCGAUCGGCUGCUUUUGACUCCCUGGGUUAAAUUUCUAUGGGAAUCAUACAGACAGUGUUUGGACCUUCUUCGAAACAAUUCUAGAGUGGAACGCCUUUACCAUGAUAUUGCUCAGCAAGCUUUUAAAUUUUGCUUGCAAUACACUCGUAAGGCUGAGUUUCGUAAACUCUGCGAUAACCUGAGGAUGCAUUUAGGGCAGAUCCAACGUCACCAUAACCAAAGUACAGCAAUUAACCUCAGUAAUCCUGAGAGCCAGUCUAUGCACUUGGAGACAAGACUUGUACAGCUGGAUAGUGCUAUUAGUAUGGAAUUGUGGCAGGAAGCUUUCAAAGCAGUGGAGGAUAUUCAUGGGCUAUUCUCCUUGUCAAAGAAACCACCCAAACCUCAACUGAUGGCAAAUUACUAUCACAAAGUUUCAACUGUCUUCUGGAAAUCAGGAAAUGCUCUUUUUCAUGCAUCAACACUUCACCGACUGUACCACCUGUCAAGAGAAAUGCGAAAGAAUCUCACGCAAGAGGAGAUGCAGAGGAUGUCAACCCGAGUUCUUUUGGCUACUCUGUCAAUUCCUAUAACUCCGGAACGAACUGAUAUUGCUCGUCUUCUGGAUAUGGAUGGUAUCAUUGUUGAAAAGCAGCGACGUCUAGCCACGCUGCUAGGCCUCCAGGCCCCGCCUACACGCAUCAGUCUUAUUAACGAUAUGGUGAGGUUCAAUGUUGUGCAGCAUGUUGUUCCAGAGGUAAAGGAACUUUACAAUUGGCUUGAAGUAGAUUUCCACCCACUAAAACUAUGUGGCCGUGUAACCAAGGUUCUAAACUGGGUGAAAGAGCAAGCUGAAAAGGAACCUGAAUUGCAACUGUAUGUCCCACAUCUGCAAAAUAACACCAUCCUUCGUCUUCUGCAGCAGGUGGCGCAGAUUUAUCAGACCAUCGACUUUUCUCGUUUGACUACCCUGGUUCCUUUUGUUGAUGCUUUCCAAUUGGAACGUGCUAUUGUUGAUGCAGCCAGACAUUGUGACUUGCAAGUUCGUCUUGAUCAUACUUCUCGAACACUGAGUUUUGGAUCAGAUUUAAAUUAUUCAACUCGGGAAGAUGCCCCACUUGGCCCUCAGCUGCAAAGCAUGCCCUCUGAGCAAAUUAGAAAUCAGCUGACUGCUAUGUCCUCUGCUCUUGCUAAGGCUCUUGAAGUCAUUAAACCUCCAAACAUAGUGCAAGAGAAAGAAGAACAACAUCAGUUGGCUGUCACUGCUUACUUAAAGAAUUCAAGGAAAGAGCAUCAGCGUAUCCUUGCCCGUCGUCAAACUAUAGAGGAGAGAAAGGAGCGUCUUGAAAGUCUAAACAUUCAACGUGAGAAAGAAGAGUUGGAACAGCGUGAAGCUGAACUUCAGAAAGUUCGUAAAGCAGAAGAAGAGAGACUGCGCCAGGAGGCAAAAGAGAGAGAGAAGGAGCGUAUUCUGCAAGAACAUGAGCAAAUCAAAAAGAAGACUGUUCGUGAACGCUUGGAACAGAUUAAAAAGACUGAACUGGGAGCCAAGGCAUUCAAAGAUAUUGAUAUUGAGGAUCUUGAAGAAUUGGAUCCCGACUUCAUCAUGGCUAAACAGGUUGAACAGCUGGAGAAAGAAAAAAAAGAACUCCAAGAACGUCUGAAGAAUCAGGAAAAGAAGAUUGACUAUUUUGAAAGAGCAAAACGCUUGGAAGAAAUUCCCCUGAUAAAGACUGCCUAUGAAGAACAAAGAAUCCGAGAUAUGGACCUUUGGGAACAGCAAGAAGAAGAAAGGAUCACGACAAUGCAGCUGGAACGAGAAAAAGCCCUGGAGCAUAAGAACAGAAUGUCAAGGAUGUUGGAGGAUAAAGACAUGUUUGUAGCUAGGCUCAAGGCAGCACGACAAUCAGUUUAUCAGGAAAAGCUCAAACAGUUCCAAGAAAGAUUAGCAGAAGAGAGGCAUAAUCGUUUGGAGGAACGCAAGAGACAGCGUAAAGAGGAGAGGCGUAUUUCUUAUUACAGAGAAAAGGAGGAGGAAGAGGAAAGAUUGCGAGAGGAAAAAAUACUUAAAGAGCGCGAAGAGAAGGAACGUGUUGAGCGUGAAAAACGAGAGCAGGAACAGCGUGAAUAUCAGGAGCGUGUCAGAAAAUUAGAAGAAGUAGAGAGGAAAAAACGUCAAAGAGAGCAGGAAAUUGAAGAGAGGGAGCGUCGCAGAGAAGAGGAGAGGAGAGGUCUUGAUGACCCACUUUCAAGAAGGGAAUCUCGUUGGGGUGAUUCUGAAGGCACCUGGAGACGAGGCACUGAACCAGAACCAGAUAGGAGGCGAGCACCACCAGACAGGGAAUGGCGCCGUGGAGAAGCACGUGAUGAUGAAAGACCUUUUCGAAGAGGAGAUGAUCUCCUUAGACGUGGUGGCCUGGAUGAGGAUAGGGGGCCUAGGCGAGGCCUGGAUGAGGAUAGGGGGCCUAGGCGAGGCCUGGAUGAGGAUAGGGGGCCUAGGCGAGGCCUGGAUGAGGAUAGGGGGCCUAGGCGAGGCCUGGAUGAGGAUAGGGGGCCUAGGCGAGGCCUGGAUGAGGAUAGGGGGCCUAGGCGAGGCCUGGAUGAGGAUAGGGGGCCUAGGCGAGGCCUGGAUGAGGAUAGGGGGCCUAGGCGAGGCCUGGAUGAGGAUAGGGGGCCUAGGCGAGGCCUGGAUGAGGAUAGGGGGCCUAGGCGAGGCCUGGAUGAGGAUAGGGGGCCUAGGCGAGGCCUGGAUGAGGAUAGGGGGCCUAGGCGAGGCCUGGAUGAGGAUAGGGGGCCUAGGCGAGGCCUGGAUGAGGAUAGGGGGCCUAGGCGAGGUAUGGAUGAGGAUAGGGGGCCUAGGCGAGGCCUGGAUGAGGAUAGGGGGCCUAGGCGAGGCCUGGAUGAGGAUAGGGGGCCUAGGCGAGGCCUGGAUGAGGAUAGGGGGCCUAGGCGAGGCCUGGAUGAGGAUAGAAUUUCCAGACGAGAUGAGGACAGAGGACCCUGGCGUAGUGCAGAUGAGGAUCGAUUGUCAAGGCGUGAUGAUGACCGGGGUCCAUGGCGUGGUGGGGAUGAUGACAGAGGGCCUAGACGUGGUGAUGAUUCAAGACCUGGACCUUGGAGACCAUUUGGUAAACCAGGUGGAUGGAGAGAACGAGAAAAAGCUCGUGAAGACAGUUGGGGACCCCCGCGAGACUCCAGACCUUCAGAAGAUCGUGAGUGGGAUAGAGAUAAAGAUCGUGAUGAGAACGAAAAGGAUCGUGAGUUUGACAAAGAUCGUGACUUUGAUCGGGAUGAUCGCUUCAGACGUCCAAGGGAUGAGCCUGGCUGGAGGAGAGGACCAGCUGAAGAAGUUUCCAGCUGGAGAGAUUCCAGUCGUAGAGAUGAAUGGGAUAGAGGUGGUCGUGACCUCAGAGAUGACCGGGGUGGUCGUGAUCUUAGAGAUCGGCGUGUUGAUGAUAGAGACAGAAGAGGACCUCCAAUCAGAACAGAGCGUGAAGAAACGAAUUCAUGGAGGCGUGGUGAUGACAGAAAGGAAGAACAAGGGGAAGAACAUGAAACUAUCCGGCGAGCUGCUCCAGCUCCUACUUCUACUCCUCCUGCUCCCGCUUCUGCUCCUCCUAUUUCAAAAGAUAGGGAGAAAGAUGCAGAGAGAGAGAAGGGGCCUUGGAGAACAGAAAAAGAGCGAGAACCUCUUCGUCGUGCAAAAAAUGAAACAGACGAAGAAGGAUGGACAACUGUACGACGUUAAGUCAAAAAUUAAACACAGUUUAAACAGGAGUUUUAGUGUUGAUUUGAUCAAAUACACAGAUUAUUAUAUUUGUGCUUAUAAACAUUCGGAAUUGGUAUUCUUUGACAGAUGUUUUGAGGUAACAUGAAAGCAUGAGCCCGUAUUACCUACUCAUAAUAGAUUGAUCAUGCACAAAACUAGCAGCAGGAGGUUGGAAAUUGAAUGCCGGUUUCUGACAUUUCAAAUGCUGCAUAUUUCACAGAUCACUUGUUGCUAAAAUAAAAAUGUGAACUCUGUAGCUCUCCUGAGCAACACUUAUAUCUCAAACUAAAACUUACUUUUAAAAAAAAAUCUUAAUUUGGAAUGGGGUAUGAUUAUAUCACAGAAUAUGCAGUUGAAAACAGAUCUCACAUAAAGUGGUCACAUUAUUGAAAAGAUGGAGCUGGAUACAUAAUUGGCCAAGAUGAACUGUAAAAACCCCUCCCCUAUUUAGGUAUUUUUGAGGGCAAGAGGCUUUGGUAAGGUAUUUUAUCAUUAUCUGAAUUCAGUAAGUUGUUUAAAUUUAAAUCAAUUACAAUAAACAUUAUGAACAUUAGCUACACUGGGAUAUUUUCUAUAGAUUUUACUUGAAUGUGUAUGCCUAUGAAGCCAUUUUGCAGUGAUUGUUCUAAUAAAGAAUACUGCUGCAGUGCGAAACAACAAAACAUCAUUAGAUUUUUAGAACUCAAGCAUGACGGUCAACAUACUGCUGGGUACUUUGUUUUGCCAAUAGCAUAACUGCUUUUUCCAUUACUGGAUAAUUCAAGCCUUUCAAGCAUUUAUAAAUAUUGUCAUAUUUAAAAUGUGUGGUUUUGGAGGAAUUGUUCGGAUUUUUCCCCCAACUCUUUGUCUUCAGGGUAAAUGCUUUCCUUUUCAACAAGUGCUUUGUAGUAAUGGCUGUGUUGACUGACUUCAAUUUUGGGGGUGCAGUAACAUUGUUAAUCAUUAACUAUCUGGUCUAAUGGAAGCCAACACAGAACUUGCUACUGUGUGUUUCUUCAAUGAUAAAUAAACAACUUCUAGAAUUA